GGGAGGCGGGGCUUCCGCACGCCGGUCACGCGGUCCGCUGUUGACACUUCCGGGUCAGACGGAGUGAGGUCGGGGCUGGCGCUCGGGCGGCGACCAUGGCGUAUCACGGCCUCACGGUGCCUCUCAUUGUGAUGAGCGUGUUCUGGGGCUUCGUCGGCCUCUUGGUGCCUUGGUUCAUCCCUAAAGGUCCUAACCGGGGAGUUAUCAUUACCAUGUUGGUGACCUGUUCAGUUUGCUGCUAUCUCUUUUGGCUAAUUGCGAUUCUGGCCCAACUCAACCCUCUCUUUGGACCACAGCUGAAAAACGAAACCAUCUGGUAUCUGAAGUAUCAUUGGCCUUGAGGAGGAAGACAUGUUCUACAGCGCUCAGUCUUUGAGGUCACAGGAAGAGAGUGCCUUCUAGAUGCAAAGUCACCUCCACACCAGACCACCUUCCUUGACUUGCCUACUUUGGCCAUCAGCUGCCUUAAACGUUAACACCACAUUCGAAUGCCUUACUCUGCAAUCCAGUGUGUUCUCCUUCGCCUUUUUUUACACUUUGGUGAAUUAUGUGCCUACUUUAUAAACUGUGUUGACUCCACAAAAUGAGUAUGCACUCUUCUGAGAUAGAAGAUGCUGUUCUUCUGAGAGAUCCGUUACUCUCUCCUUGGAAUCUGUGGAUUUGAAGAUGGCUCCGGCCCUCUCACAUGGGAAUCAGUGAAGUGUUUAGAAACUGCUGCAAGACAAACAAGCCUCCAGUGGGGGGGUCAGUAGGAGAGCACGUUCAGAGGGAAGAGCCAUCUCGACAGAAUCACACCAGACUCUCUUUUCAGGAUGAAAUUCUUAUUUCUGCCAUCUUUUGGAAUAAAUCUUUUUUCCUCUCUAUGGAAA